AUGGAUCACAGACUUGAGAGAGUAGAAGAAAUUUCACUUGCACUGCAUAGAGCAAUUCAGGUGUCAAAGGUUUCAGUGAUCAUUUUCUCGGAAAAUUAUGCUUCUUCCACAUCGUGCUUGAAUGAAUUCGUCCAAACAAUAAAAUGCAAACGAAGAAAUGGGCAGUUUGUUAUACCAGUUUUCUACUGCAUAGACCCAUCUUAUGUACGCAAACAACAAGGGACUUAUGCAGUUGCAUUUGCUAUGCUUGAACAACAUUUCAGAGACAGGAUCCACAAGGUUCAGGAGUGGAGAGCUGCUUUGACGGAAGCAACCAAUCUUUCUGGUUUUGAUUCAUGGGUCAUCAGGCCUGAGUCCAAGUUGGUUGAGGCAAUUGUGGAAGACGUUUUGAGGAAGUUGAAUCAUAUAUCAACUAGUGAUUUAAAAGGUUUAGUUGACGGAUUGAGAAAAUUGAGUCGUUACUAUGCAUUGGUUUACUUAUUGUUUGCAUGCUCUGCUGCACAAAAGGUCAUUAUUGCUCUUGAUGAUGUCAAUACUGCAUUCCAGUUAGAGUAG